AUGGGUGUUCGUGGGCUGUGGCCGCUCCUGGAGCCGGUGGGCCGGCGGAUCAGCAUCGAAGCGCUGCGAAACAAGCGGCUGGCAGUCGAUGCCUCCAUCUGGCUGUUCCAGUUCAUCCAGGCCAUGCGGGAUGAGCGCGGGGAGCUGAUACGCAACGCCCACGUGCUGGGCUUCUUCCGACGCAUCACAAAGCUGCUCUACCAUCGCAUCCGGCCCGUGUUUGUGUUUGAUGGCGCCACCCCGGCCCUCAAGAAGCAGACC